UUCAGAGGUACCUUUGAGCAGUGUGUCCUGCUCAAGCCUAGAGCUUCCAUGGCCAGCAGUCAGACUGCACGAGGUUGAGCAGAAUGUGGUAGCGUGUUAGUGCUCUGUGGUGAGCAAAGAAAGGAAGGGUUGUUAACCAAAAGCCUUGGUCUCCUUUCAGUUGCUUUUGGAAAUAACUUUGCGCCAUGGGUGGGAUUUUUGUGGCUGCUUUCGGCCGUACUACGCUUCCCAGCAUGCACUGCUCGGGCCUCCCUUGUGCGGGGCGGCGCCAAGCCAGACCGACCUAGGAGUUUGGCUGCGAGGGAAAGGCUGAGCCACGGGUUUUGGUACCGAGAUCGAUUUCUCAGGGUUUUGGCCUUCCUGAGAGACUAGCAAGCUGAACCUUAAGAAAUACUACCUCUCCACUCAGACACACUCCCAUCCUCUGACCCGCCUUAGCCUCCCUCUUGGUUUGGGCCCUGACUCGUUUCUUCUUCGAGUUUCCCGCGGGGACUAACCCUUGAAGACGACCAACCGCAGCCGAGAUUUUGACGGCCUGGCCAACCAGAGACAAGGUGGAAGAGGCGGGGGUGGGAGCCGGCACAGCGUCCGGGAGAGAGUUUUUCCGUUUCCAUUUUUCGCGUAGGGGGUGAGCCGCCCCUCCUGGGGCCCUAAGGGGAGCAAGGGAGUCACGGGGGGAUGCAGAAGCGCACGGACCCUUCCCCGCUCGGGUGGGGACCUCGGCGAGGCCGGGCUUACCUUUCAGCAGCACCCUCCAGGGGUCUGGGCCCAGCCUCUGCAACCUUGUCGCACCAGACCCCUCUGGGCUCCUCAGGACUACACGCCAGCUGCCUAGACCUGUGGAGGGAAAAGAAUGACCAGCUAGUUCGACAGGCCAAGGUGGCUCAGGACUCGCGUCAGUUUCUGAGAGGACAGCAGCUGGCCCAAGAUGUGCUGGAAGGAUUCAGGGGACUCCUGCAUAGCCUGCAGGGUCUCCCUGCAGCUGUUCCUGUUCUCCCCUUGGAAUUGACUGUUACCUGCAAUUUCAUUACCAUGAAGGCAAGCCUGGCCCAGGGUUUCACUGAAGACCAAGCACAGGAUAUCCAACAGAGCCUGGAGAGAGUGCUGGAGACCCAGGAGCAGCUUGGGCCCAGACUGGAAUGUGGGCUCAGGGGGCUGUGGGACUCUGUUCUCCAUUAUUCCUCUGUUCUGCUGGAGCUACUCCCUGCCCUUCACCACCUGGCUGGCCUGCAGGCUGCCCUGUGGCUAAGUACUGACUGUCUUGGGGACCUGAACUUGCUGCUGCAGACCUUGAAUGGUAACCAGAGUGAGGCCUCUGAGGAUCUGCUGCACCUUCUGAAAACUUGGAGCCCCCCAGCUGAGGAGUCAGAUGCUCCAUUGACCUUGCAGGAUGCCCGGGGCUUAAGGGAUGUCCUUCUUACAGCUUCUGCCUAUCGCCAAGGCCUCCAGGAAUUGAUCACAGGAAGCCUGCCCAAGGCAUUGAGCAGCCUGCAAGAAGCAGCCUCAGGUCUGUGUCCACGGCCUGUGUUGGUCCAGGUGUACACAGUCCUGGGGACCUGUCUUCGUAAAAUGGGCAAUCCACAAAGAGCUCUGCUGUACUUGGUUGCAGCCCUGAAAGGGGGAUCACCCUGGGGUCCUCCGCUUCUGGAGGCUUCCAGGCUAUAUCAGCAACUGGGGAACACAGCAGCAGAGCUGGAGAGUCUGGAGCUGUUGGUUGACGCCUUGAGUGUCACUCACAGUCCUGAAGCCCCCCAGCUUCUUAUUGAAGUAGAGUUACUACUUCCCCAACCUAACCCAGCCUCACCCCUUCACUGUGGCACACAGAGCCAGGCCAAGUACCUGCUAGCAAGCCGAUGCCUACAGAUAGGAAGGGCAGAGGACGCUGCAGAGCAUUACUUGGACCUGCUGGCUCUGUUGCUGGAUGACUCUGAGCCAAAGUUCUCCCCACCCCCAUCCCGUCCAGGGCCCUGCAUGCCUGAGGUGUUCUUGGAGGCAGCAGCAGCACUGAUCCAGGCAGGCCGAGCACAGGAUGCCUUGACCGUAUGUGAGGAGCUGCUCAGCCGCAUGUCGUCUCUGCUUCCCAAGAUGCCCCAGCUGUGGGAAGAUGCCAGAAAAGGAACCAAGGAAUCACCACACUGUCUAUCCUGGGUCUCUGCCACCUACCUGCUUCAGGGUCGAGCCUGGGUGCAGCUGGGGGCCCAAAAAGAAGCAAUUAGUGAAUUUAGCCGGUGCCUUGAGCUGCUCUUCCAAGCCACACCUAAGGACAAAGAACAAGGUCCUGCUUCCAGCUGUGAGCAGGGGUGUAUGUCAGAUGUGGCACUGCAACAGCUUCGGGUAGCCGCCCUGAUUAGUCGUGGACUGCAAUGGGUGGCCAGUGACCAAAAUACUAAAGCCCUACAGGACUUCCUCCUCAGUGUGCAGAUGUGCCCAGGUAAUCGAGAUGCUUCCUUUCACCUGCUUCAGACUCUGAGGAGGAUGGAUCGGAGGGAUGAGGCCAUUGCUCUCUGGUGGAGCCUGGAGGCCCAAGCUAAGUUGCCACAGGAGAAUGCUGCAUGGUCUCUCCCCCUGUACCUAGAAACCUAUUUGAGUUGGAUUCGUUCCCCUGACCGUGAAACCCUUCUUGAGGAGUUUCAGACAUCUCUGCUGGAACCUUGUGACCUGUAGCUGCCAUGUUUUUAAAAGCCUGAACUGCGGCCCAUUUCUCCAUGGGGAGGGCUUUCUGCUUUACCAAUUUUGGGGAAUAUGGGUGAAACUAAUCAUUCCUAUAUAAAUCUGGCACUGAAGAGGUUGGUAGUAGUCUCGCCAAAUUUGGCCUAGUUACUGCCAUUCUGGUUCCAGAAGAAACCCUCCUUGCCACCAAAAAGGCAAUGACUUUGCUUAUGAUGCCUUUUUUCCUGUUUCUCCUUUUCUUGUGUUGAGUAAAAUCUCAUAUUUGUCUCUUG